UUACCGCAAUGCAUGAUGGUAUCGGACGUUCGUGACGUAGCUGUCAUGGCCGCUUCCAUAGAAUCCUCAAGUUCGAGCCAAAAGGAAAAUAAAUCAAAAGAGAAAAGGGGUAAUGCACCACUAAAUCCCGACUACACCCUCAAAUCGGCAUGUUUAGAAGAGGGUAAGAUCAGUUUGGAUUGCAUAAGACGUCAUAAUUUCAAAGAUAAUUCCCAGUGUGAGAGUGAGUUUCAAAACUACAGAAAUUGUAAAGCAUUUUGGACUAAGGUUCAAUGGCGUCGGUUUUGGAAAGGAGAUAGGCCUACGUUACCCCUUCCAGAAGAUCGCGAGCAGGCUAGAAAAGACUAUGCAGAUAUCAUGGAGAAAGUGAUGGCUAAAAGUCAAAAAUAAUAAGCCAGAAACAUAGUGUUUAGUUUACAUUUGUUCAAAGACAGGGCCUGAAGGCUGUGAUAUAGUAUAUGGCAAGAUGGCAUCCACCAGCCUGUUCUUAGUGACAGAUACUGUUUUUGAAUGAAAGUCUGCCUAUCAGGUCGUUUAGAAUGUAUGCUUGGAGUUUUUACAGAUUACAAUAAAAAGACAAUCACCUUCUAAAAA